AUGGUACCUAUUUCAGUCCUUGCUCCAGCUGCUUUGGUAGCUGGUGUAGUAGCUUUUCCCGAAGGGAGGCAGUACGCGGUAUCACCUAGCUCAGCACCAUCCUUUUCAACUACCGCUUGCUCCGAAGCUGCCUCGACACUACACCUAGAGGAUGGCCCAUAUGACAAUCAUUUUUACUCAGACUGCCACACCAGCGUCCAUGUCAUUGUUACUAGCCCUCUGCCGAAUAGCAACCUCACUGCCAUUCAACCACGUCUCCUUAUCGCGUGGCCCGCUGGCAACAGCGGUACUCUGGCGUUCUUCGCUCCGGAGAAUGGCCGAGCCGGUUCUCUCAGUAUGAAACUUGAAGGUUCGGGUGAUGAUGGGCAAGUAUUACAAGCGUUGAACGCAGCGGAUUAUGUUGGCAUCUCUGGGAGAAUCACCUUCAAUAACUCUGCCAUACUGACUGUGCCAGUCCUGGGCAGUAUUCGGAGUAUCCGCGACUUGACUGAGGGCGGCAAGAUCAGCCAAGACUUCCAAAACAGCUUCAGGUUGGAUCUUCAAGACGGGCGAGGCUCGAUCAAUCGUACGUGGUUUGACGGUGUUACGACUAUGACGCUCAAGUUUACUCCGCUGGAUGGCACCCAAGCUAUAGUCCUCGACCACGAUGCAGAAUCUCCGUUGAUCUUUGGAGCUGGCACCUACAGAUUUGAAGCUUCCUUCAACUACCCGCAGCUCGAGCAGCUCAGUCCGGUCAACGUACUGGAUAGUGCAGCCUCCGAAUUGAUUCGUGAGAACCCAGACCAGACAACUUCACUGUCUUUCCUUUCAUACUCGGACAAGCUACUUGCCGGUACAUGGCGCUUCUUGACCUACUUCGGCCGCGAUAGCAUGCUCACACUACUCCUGAUGCAGCCAGUGCUGAGUGAAGCUUCCAUUGAGGCUGUAAUCGGAGCUGUGGUGGAGAGGAUCAACCGUACCGACGGAACCGUCUGCCAUGAGGAAGUCUUGGGGGAUUAUUCCCAUUGGCUGAACCUGAAGAUCGGAGUCAACUCUAGCGCGCCAUCAUGCGACUACAAAAUGAUCGACACCGACUUCUUUCUCCCCAUCGUUAUGAAGAGCUACUUUGUUGAUAUGGACUCGGGCAAGAAGCGUUCGGAUACUUUCUUCAACAAGACUGCCACGUUCCUCGCUGAAAACAACGGCCUUAAGUAUUCUCAGUUGGCUCAACUUACUGCCGAGAGAAUCAUGCGCAAUGCUGCACCGUUUGUCAAGAGCCAGGUAGAGGAAAAUCUUAUCCGUCUCAACGCUGACGUCCCAGUCGGCGAAUGGCGUGAUUCAACCAACGGUCUUGGUGGCGGUCGCAUCCCAUACGGUGUGAAUACAGCACUCGUACCUGCAGGGCUGCGAGCCAUUGCUAGUCUCAGCAAAGUUGGAUUCUUUUCAGACCACCCAGACUGGAGCACAGUUGCUGACCAGUACGCGCAAGUUUGGGAAGAUGAGACGCUGCGCUUCUUUAAAGUCACUGUGCCAGAAGCUCAAGCCAAGUCUCUGGUUCAGGACUACGUCUCUAGCGCCAACCUGGGUGUCCCUUCCCACAUCGACAAGAUCGCCGGCGACGUUUCCUACUAUGGUGUUGCCCUCAACGGCACCCUAAACACGCCAAUCGUUCCCGUCAUGAACACUGACGACUGCUUCCGACACUUCCUGCUGAACACCACAAAUGAGACUCAGCUUACCGCAUACCUCAGCCAGACCGCUGAUCAUAUCCUGCAGCCGUUCCCGGUCGGCCUUUUGAGUGAUAUUGGAUUGUUUGUGGCUAACCCUGCAUACUCUGGAAACUCGAGCCUCGCUGGCAACUUCUCACAGGCUGACUACCAUGGCACUGUAGUGUGGAGCUGGCAGCUUGCUAUGAUGGGUGCGGGACUGGCGCGUCAACUCGACCGCUGUAACUCAGACCAUAUCCCAGAUUUUUGCAAAGACACCACAGUCCACAGUAAUGUAGUCUCCGCAUAUAACCAGCUAUGGUCUUCCAUUGACGCCAACCGCGACCAAUUGAGCCAUGAGGUGUGGAGCUGGACCUAUGAUAACGGGUUCAAAGUUACUCAGCUGGGUGAUUUGACAGCGACUGAGAGCAACAUCCGACAGCUUUGGAGCUUGACGUUCCUCGCUGUCAAGAAGGAGGAUUUUGGCGCGUGA